CAUCAGUGGCAGUUGACAGUUGAAGCUCUGGUGGCUGAUACUAUAGUCUUGCCUUGGAAGAGCGAGCUAGUGUGCUUUGGCAGCUAGUGUUAUACUUCCAGGGUUUAUCUUGUUGUUCAAAGCACAAUAAAAUCUGUGCUUUUCCUGAACAUUUUUUUAUUUUAUUUUUUCUAUUUGGUGGAUUUAUUUAACAUCUGGAGAUGAGCCGGAGGGAAUUACGGCGGCUCCAGGAGGACCAGCGAACCUGGAGCCGUCAAGGAGAUCAUGAUGAUUCACCCCAGACCGUAUUUGAGGAGAGACUGCGGUCUGAGCGCCGAAGAGGUGAAAGAAGACCUCGUCAGGACACCCAGGAACAUCUGUCAAGAGCAGGAACAUCCGCUCGUCUACAGAGUCCUCAGAGGGAGCACAGACACCGAAGCCGUUCUCCUCUUCCUGCUCCUGACGUAGCACCAACAGACGGACCAAGUCCAGAUCCUCUCCCUGGUCCAAGUCUACAGCCAACGUCUCAGCAGCCAGCGGAGAAUGAGCAGAAUCUCUUGGACAUGGUGUACGAGAUCAUCAUGCAGAAUAUGGAAGCCACUGAGGAUGCUAACAAUGGGCAGAAUCUCCCGGCCAUUUUGGAAGAGAUCAUGGCACAGAAUAGGCCAGCCGUGUUGGAAGCGAUGCACAGGCAGAAUGUCCGGUCCCUGCAGUUAAAUAUCAGCUUUUUCCAAUCUACCAUCACUGCUGUGGAUGAUGCGACACAGUCAUGUGUAAUCUGUCUAAUGCAGUACCAAGAUGGGGAGCGAGUGUCUGUCCUGCCCUGCAGCCACAAGUACCAUCCAAGAUGCAUCUCACAGUGGGUUGCAACAAAUUCCAGCUGUCCCGUGUGCCGCAGAGAGUGCAUCACAGAGGACAUUGAGUGUUCGAUCUCCUGAAAAUGGCAAGAGGAAGAUCUAGAUCACCCUCUUCUCUAGAUUCCAUACCACCUCCUCCACUCUGUCUCGUCUCAUCAGCCGACUGCUAUCUCUCCUCUGCUCCUACCACCCUUCUGCAGUCUAACAGGCCCUACACACAAGCAGAUCUCACUGCACGAUAUGAACGUUCAUUAAUGAAUGAAAACUCGUUGAUAUCAUGCAGUGUGUAGGCACCAACGAUUAACGAUGCAUGGCCCCAUGCACGUUAAUCAUUGGUGCACCGUUGCUUAUGUAUGCAGGCCAAUAUGGACGAGAUUGUCCAUAUUAGAUUUAGCAUGCAUUGCUAUGGGGCCGGGUGAUGGGGGAGUAAAUAAACUUCACUCCCCCCGUCACCUCCUCCUCGCCGCCGGGUCGCCCAUCUGCCGUAUCAGCGGUCGGGCAGCUCAGCGGCGGGUCGCCCAGUCUGUAGGACCUUUAAGCUGAAUGAAGAGAUACCACGGCUUAGUGCCGACUUACCACACUUGCAGCCUAGCGCCGGCUUAUCCAACCUGCGGCCUAGUGCAGGAUCAAGAGAUACUACGGCCUAGCGCCGAUUUACCACAUCUGCGGCAUAACGCCGACUUAUCCAACCUGCGGCGUAGCACUGGAUAAAGAGAUACCACGGCCUAGCGCCGAUUUACCACAUCUGUGGCAUAACGCCGACUUAUCCAACCUGCGGCCUAGCGCAGGAUCAAGUGAUACCAUGGCCUAGCGCCGACUUAGCACAUCUGCGGCUUAGCGCCGACUUAUCCAACCUGCGGCCUAGUGCCGGAUGAAGAGAUACCACGGCCUAGCAUCGACUUACCACAUCUGUGGCUUAGCGCCGACUUAUCCAACCUGCGGCCUAGCACAGGAUCAAGAGAUACCACGGCCUAGUGCCGACUGACCACAUCUGCGGCGCAGCGCCAACUUAUCCAACAUGCGGCCUAGCGCAGGAUCAAGAGAUACCAUGGCCUAGCGCAGAUUUACCACAUCUGCGGCGAAGUGCCGACUUAUCCAACCUGCGGCCUAGCACAGGAUCAAGAGAUACCACGGCCUAGUGCCGACUGACCACAUCUGCGGCGCAGCGCCAACUUAUCCAACCUGCAGCCUAGUGCAGGAUCAAGAGAUACCAUGGCCUAGCGCAGAUUUACCACAUCUGCGGCGUAGCGCCGUCUUAUCCAACCUGCGGCCUAGCGCAGUAUGAAGAGAUACCACGGCCUAGCAGCGACUUACCACAUUUGCAACGUAGCACUGACUUAUCCAACCUGCGGCCUAGCGCCAGAUGAAGAGAUACCACGGCAUAGCGCCGACUUACAACAUCUGCGGCGUAGCGCCGACUUAUCCAACCUGUGGCCUAACACCGGAUGAAGGGAUUCAAACGGCCUAGCGCCAAUUUACCACACCUGCAGCCUAGCGCCGAUUUAUCCAACCUCCGGCCUAGCGCAGGAUCAAUAGAUGCCACAGGCCAGCGCCGAUUUACCACAUCUGUGGCGUAGCGCCGACUUAUCCAACCUGUGGCCUAGCGCUGGAUGAAGAGAUACCAUGGCCCAGCGCCGACUUACCACACCUGCAGCCUAGCGCAGACUUAUCCAACCUGCGGCCUAGCGCAGGAUCAAGAGAUACCACGGUCUAGCGCCGACUUACCACAUCUGCGGCAUAGCACUGAAUUAGCCAAUUUGCGGCCUAGCGCCGGAUGAGGAGAUACCACGGCUUAGCGCCGACUUACCACAUCUGUGGCGUAGCAACGACUUAUCCAACCUGCGGCCUAGCGCUGGAUCAAGACAUACCCUGGCCUAGCGCCGAUGUACAACAUCUGCGCUGCAGCACCGACUUAUCCAUCCUGCGGCCUAGCACCAGAUGAAGAGAUACCACGGCCUAGCGCUGACUUACCACACCUGCGGUUAAUUGCACAAUGUAAGACUACUGGGCCUUGUGCCCUUGCCUAUACCAACCUUGUCAUCCACACAAUAGGUUUGGGCUUGCUGCCCACUGUGCCCCGGCCUAUUGUUGCCUAUCUGGGGGACUAUCUGCUGCCAUGGGCCUGCCGUCCACUUACCUGAAAUUAUCUGAAUGCUUUGGGCCUAUUGUCCACCUAUCUGAGCCUCUUACAAUAGCUUUGGGCAUAAUGACCAUGGGGCCCCGAGCUAUUGCUGCCGUUGGGGGCUAAAGAUUCUAUCCACGGCAUAGUGCCCACCUAGUGUGCAACUCUAUUGGGCCUACUGCCCACACUGCUCCCCGGGCUUAGUGCCCAUCUAUUGUGCCAUUCUAUUGGGCCUAAUGCCCCUUUAUAUCCUCCAGGCCUAGUGCCCACCUAAUGCAUCCUAGGCCUAGUGCCUGCUGUGCCCACGGGCCUAGUGCCCGAACCCUGGUUAUCUAGGGUGGGACCGUCUGGACUUACCAAUCCUAAGGGCUGUGACAGGACCAAGCUUGGUCCAGACCUGCCCACUGCGUGGUCUUCGCUGGAGGCAGGAUGGCUCCCACCACCUCAAGGUUUCCUGGAGUCUUCACCUGGGCAGUGGUGGCCAGUGAAAGCUCUUUCCAUUGCACACCGCUGUCCUAGGACUUCAGACGUCUUCGCCGACAAGCAUCGGCUCUUUGAUCUUCAUCAGGCAAGCGGCGGUGUGUAAUGGCUUUUUCACAACUGCCACCGCCCUCCAGGACUUCCGGCGCCUUCCCCGGCAUCUUCUAUCUUCAAUCUUUGGGCGCUCUUCACUGCUCCCUCUCGGCCGACAUACUGCCCACCUGCGCGUGGCGCUGGCUGAUAUAAGCCAGUGCCAUGGAGCAGAGCUAUGAGGUGGUGAGCUGGGAUUGACUCACCGUCGCCACUCUGGAUGCAGGUCCUCCGCCAUUACACAUGUGGAGCGACAGUGGAGAUUCACCACCACCUCCACGACCGCUUCCGAAAUCUGCAGGCAGUUGGGCAGGUGGGGACUGGACCAGAAAUGGUCUAGGUGCCCAGCGCUGCCUGUUGCCAAUGUCGGAUCCUUCCCCAUAGGACGGCACCAGGAUCCCUCCGGAUCUCAGCCUGUCCCAGGCAAGGAGGAACAGAGCACAUAGUAGCAGGGCCAGUGACCAUGCUAGUACACUGGCCCUUGCUACACAUGUGCAGUACGGGUCCAUGACGUUGGUCAUUCUAUGGUAUCAGAUUAUCAGUGAUUGACAGUCUGAUUCCACUUCAGGGUGGGGAGGGUUCGGCAACAGCCUGUUUCUCAAAAUGGAUUUGUGUGGCUGCUGUUUUUAGGGAGGGACUAAGCCAGGAUUCUCCGUCUAAGGUUGGAGAUUUAAUGGCUCCUUCAAAGUAGAUACGGUGGCUGACUUGCGUGACUCCUUGGGUCACUUAGCCGGCGAUAUUGUUGCAGAAGAUCCAAUAACGCCUCCUAGGAUGCAGCUCAGAUCAGUAAUGCACGCAGGAGGAAUGACGCAUCCUGCUGUAUUACCAUCAUAUUAGCGCUAUCACUGCUGCUUUUGUAUAAACAGCAGCAGCAAUAGUUCCUCCGUCCACAUCCGAAUCAGGCCCACUCUGCUUCCACUGGCCAGUGGCCAUCUUAUGUGUGGCACUGAGGGAAUCCUAUGCACACCCCACAGCCGUCUUGCUAUAUAUACACGAUAGUCCUGCUUUUUGGGAACUGCCCGGCUGUCCCAUCCGCAGGGCACAA